AUGUUAAGCAAAGCACGUGUUGUGAGCUGGCGAUCUGGAAAUGUGAAGUCAGGGAUGUUAAGCAAAGCACGUGUUGUGAGCUGGCGAGCUGGCAAUGCAAAUGGACAUGGUGAGAGAAGCAGAGUUGCAUGCUCAGAAAGACAAAGAAAAGAAUUGAUCGACACCAAGAACACAGCUGACACAACAAUUUACAGCAUAGAGAAGAGUCUUGGUGAAUACAGAGAGAAGAUCCCAAGUGAAAUCGCCAAGGAGAUUGAAGAUGCUGUGGCAGAUCUAAGGAGCGCUUCCUCUGGGGAUGAUCUCAACGAGAUCAAGGCCAAGAUUGAGGCGGCAAACAAAGCUGUUUCUAAGAUUGGGGAGCACAUGUCUGGUGGUUCUGGUGGAGGCUCUGCACCAGGAGGAGGAUCUGAGGGAGGCAGUGAUCAAGCUCCAGAGGCAGAGUACGAGGAAGUGAAAAAGUGAGGAGAUUUGGUAAAUUCUUGCCACUUGGGUUUUAAGAGAUGAGGUUUAGAUCAUGGUGGGUUCUAUGUCCAAGGAACUUUUGCCUUUUAGAACAACGAGCAGUGGAUAUGUUUCUGGAAUAAGCUUUUGUCAGGGAACUAAACUUAAUGUUUCUCUGCUAAAAAACCUUUGUUAUGUAAUGUGAUGGUUAAAGAGAAGAAGUUUUCAAAAUUUUGUCACUUUAUACUUUAUAGUUUAUUUUCAUUGGA